UCUUCGAUGACCAUGGGUUUGGUUUCCAGUUUGGGUAUUAUAAAUACCUCAUGCGUAUCUUUCUUCGGAAUCAACCCCCAAAAAAGUUAAAACAAACGCAACAAAUGGGCAUUGAAUCAGCCCUUUUCCUACUCCUUGUGGCUUUCGGUAUGAGCCAUGAGAGCGUGGCCCAGUCAGCUGGUUGCACCACGGCGUUGAUAAGCUUAUCUCCAUGCCUAACUUAUAUCACAGGCAGCGGAGGCUCUUCCACUUCCACUGCUCCAUCUUCUUCUUGCUGCUCGCGCCUUGCCACCGUGGUUCAAUCGCAGCCACAGUGCCUUUGCUCGGCGCUCAAUGGUGGCGCGGCGGUUUCUCUCGGUGUCACUAUCAACCGGACUCGAGCUCUUGGGCUUCCUGCUGCCUGUAGUGUUCAAACGCCGCCACCCAGCCGCUGUGAUGAUGCUAAUGGAGCUGCUGCUGCUCCAGCAAUAUCUCCGAUAAGUUCGCCGGGGAGUUCACCUUCAGAUGACGAAGAACUUGGUGAAGCUCCAACAACACGGGAGACUACUUUUCCUUCGGAAGUAGACUCCAAAUAUGCUCCAAACAACAGGAGGAAUCCCGAGAGCGGCGGCCGGAGCUUAAUCAAAACGCCCUUUUAUGAUCUCACUGUUGUCGGCCUACUUCUGACAGCUCUGUUAUAAGCUGAAUGAAACGACCGACCCCAAGCAAAGAUUAUAUAUUCACAUAUGUAUCGAACCACUAGAAAAAAAGAGAGAAAAAAAAAAGUGUCCUUCAAAGAUUCUUCUUGUUUAAGUAUGGGUUUAAAGAUACUAUUUCCAUAUUUAAUCCCAGUUGAAAAGUCAAGAUUUUUAAAACCAUUUUAAAAACGAAGGCAAAUUAUUUAAUUGUUUAAUAUUAAACAUGUAAUUUAUUUAGGAGCUUUUUCCAUGGAUCUGAAGUAGCGUAUUUAGAGAGAUUAGUAUGAAUCUAAAGGAAUUUGAAGUGAAUUAUAUGGAUUGAAUAAUAUAUAUAGAAAAGAAAAGGAAGAAUAUUGUUUAUUUAGGAGGUGUAGGCCAAGUUUGGGGCAGAGUAUGGGCGAAGAUGGAUAGGAAGAAAUGGAAGGAAGGGAUUUGUGUUUAGGGUAAGCGUGGAGUUGGAUGUGUAAUUGAGAAUUAAAUUGAAGCAAUAAGAAGCAAUGAGCAUGAGCACC